CAAACUGUCCACCUUCAUGUAAUUAUCCAAUUUAUUUUAACAUCAGAUACGUAUAAAAUAGAAACAGAACAAAAACCUGAUAGUUAUAGCAAAAUGGAGAGGUGGGCAGGUAAGACUGCUAUUGUCACUGGUGCUAGUGCAGGAAUUGGGGCUAUAGUAGCUGUAAAACUGGCAGAUCAUGGAAUGAAGGUUGUGGGACUGGCAAGAAGAAAGGAAAUGGUGGACGCCCUCAACAAAAAGUUGUCCAACAAAGGAGGCAAAAUCUACGGAAUAAAAGUCGAUUUAAGCAAAGAGGAAGACAUACUGAAAGCUUUCGAAUGGUCCAAGGACAACGUUGGUCCUGUCUCCAUUCUUAUCAACAACGCCGGCGUUUGCAUCCAAGCUGGCCUGACCAACGGCGCCACCAAAUAUUGGAAGGAAAUGAUCGACGUCAACUUAAUGAGUCUUUGCAUCGGCACCAGAGAGGCGUGCCAACAGAUGAAACAACACAAAAUCGACGGCCACAUCGUCCACAUCAACAGCAUCCUGGGCCAUAAAAUACCCGGAAGCCCAUUUUUCGCCAUGUACACCGCCACCAAAUGGGGCAUAACCGCGUUGACGGAAGCCCUCAGAGUCGAGCUGACUUCGAUGAACUCCAAAAUCAAAAUAAGUGAUGUUAGCCCGGGAGUCGUGCAGACGGAUAUGGUCACAAGCCAAACGGGGGUCGUCCGGGACUUGUACAGGAGUUCGACUGCAUUAGAUCCCAACGAUGUGGCCGAUGCCGUCAUUUAUGUUGUUGGCACCCCUCCAACAGUCCAAGUCCACGAAUUGAUCAUAAAACCGUUGAACGAAACAUUUUAACGUUUCAAAUUAACAGUAGCAAAUAAAUUUGUAACAGUCUA